AUGGCUAGGGUUCACGAGAAAUUUGGUCAUCAAGUGACAUAUAGGAAAGCGUGGCUUGGACGUCAACGCGCAUUUGAAUUGGUGUAUGGUGACUUUAAAAAAUCAUUUAGUGAGCUUCCUAAAUUUUUUGCAGCUUUUCAGCACUUUAAUCAUGGAACAGUUGUGGAAUGGAAACACGAAGAGUCUACGAGUUCACCAGAGGUAAAAACUUUUAAGUUUGUAUUUUGGGCUUUCAAGCCAUGCAUUGAUGGAUUCCAAACGUGUCGCCCUGUUAUUUCAGUAGAUGGAACUCAUAUGUAUGGCAAAUAUGACAUCAAAUUAUUAAUUGCUGUUGGAAUUGACGGAAAUGAUAACAUUCUUCCUCUAGCAUUUGCUAUUGUUGACAGGGAGUCGAAAGAGGCAUGGAAAUGGUUUUUUAGGAAUUUGAGCUUACAUGUGAUAAAGGAUAGAGAAGAUAUAUGUGUGAUCUCUGAUAGGGCAAAAGGAAUUUUGGCUAGUUUAUCGGAGUUGCGGCGGUAUCAAGAGCCUCGGGCCUUCCAUCGAUUUUGCCUAAGGCAUCUUAAGAGCAACUUUCAAUCUCGAUAUCCAAACAAGGACCUCAGUAAACUGAUGUGGAGGGCUGCUUCAGCCCAUCAAAUAAGGAAGUUUGAAGCCUUGAUGUGGGAAAUUAAGGAAGAAAAUGUUGAAGCAUAUCAAUACCUCAUGGAAAUUCCCCUGGACAAAUGGACAGUUAGCCAUGAUGAUGGAAAAAGAUGGGGAGUGUUGACAACAAAUCUUUCAGAGUCAUUCAACGGAGUUACGAAAAAAGCACGAGGCUUGCUGUCAUCGCUAUGGUUAAGCUGUCACAUUGGGGCAAGCUGA